GGGGCGUUGUGGGUAGGCGCGCCGGGAGGGAGAAAGGAACCCGGGGCCGCUGAGGCGCGCCGCCCGCUGGGCUCGAAGGGAUGUUUGAAGACGAGUCCCACGCCGAGGGGGCGGCGGUGGUCGUUGCGGCCGGGGAGGUGCUGCAGGCCCUCUGCCAGGAACUGAACCUGGACGAGGGGAGCGCGGCCGAGGCUCUGGACGACUUCACCGCCAUCAGAGGCAACUACAGUCUGGAGGGAGAAGUUAUACACUGGUUGGCAUGUUCAUUAUAUGUAGCAUGCCGUAAAAGCAUUAUUCCCACAGUUGGAAAGGGUAUCAUGGAAGGAAACUGUGUUUCACUUACCAGAAUACUACGUUCAGCUAAAUUAAGUUUAAUACAAUUUUUUAGUAAAAUGAAGAAAUGGAUGGACAUGUCAAACCUGCCACAAGAAUUUCGUGAACGUAUAGAAAGGCUAGAAAGAAAUUUUGAAGUAUCUACUGUAAUUUUUAAAAAAUUUGAGCCUAUUUUUUUAGAUGUGUUUCAAAAUCCAUAUGAGGAGCUACCAAAAUUACCACGAAGCAGAAAACAGAGGAGGAUUCCUUGCAGUGUUAAGGAUCUCUUUAAUUUCUGUUGGACACUCUUUGUUUAUACUAAGGGUAAUUUUCGUAUGAUUGGGGAUGAUUUGGUAAACUCUUAUCAUUUACUUCUGUGCUGCUUGGAUCUAAUUUUUGCCAAUGCCAUCAUGUGCCCAAAUAGGCAAGACUUGUUAAAUCCAUCAUUUAAAGGUUUGCCAUCUGAUUUCCACACUGCUGACUUUAAGGCUUCUGAAGAACCUCCCUGUAUCAUUGCUGUACUCUGUGAACUACAUGAUGGGCUUUUAGUAGAAGCAAAAGGAAUAAAGGAGCACUACUUUAAGCCAUAUAUUUCAAAACUCUUUGAUAAGAAGAUUUUGAAAGGAGAAUGCCUCCUGGACCUUUCCAGUUUUACUGAUAAUAACAAAGCAGUCAACAAGGAGUAUGAAGAAUAUGUUCUAACUGUUGGUGAUUUUGAUGAGAGGAUCUUUUUGGGAGCAGACGCAGAAGAGGAAAUUGGAACACCUCGAAAAUUCCCUGGGGACACCCCAUUAGCACAAACUAAUGUGGAAUGUAACCUUCAACAACACUUUGAAAAAAAAAGAUCAUUUGCACCUUCUACUCCGCUGACAGGACGGAGAUAUUUACGAGAGAAAGAAGCAGCUAUUACUCCUGUGGCUUCAGCUACCCAGAGUGUGAGCCGUUUACAGAGCAUUGUGGCUGGACUGAAAAAUGCACCUAGUGAACAACUUACAAGUAUUUUUGAAUCUUGUAUGCGGAAUCCUAUGAAAAACAUUAUGAAAAUAGUGAAAGAAAUAGGAGAGACUUUCUGCCAACACUAUACUCAGUCAACAGAUGAUCAGCCAGGAUCUCACAUAGAUUUUGCUGUAAACAGGCUAAAGCUGGCAGAAAUUUUGUAUUAUAAAAUGUUAGAGACUGUAAUGGUUCAGGAAACACGAAGGCUUCAUGGAAUGGAUAUGUCGGUACUUUUAGAGCAGGAUGUAUUCCAUCGCUCCUUGAUAGCUUGUUGCUUGGAAAUUGUGCUCUUUGCCUACAGUUCACCUCGUACUUUUCCUUGGAUUAUUGAAAUUCUCCAUUUGCAGCCAUUUUACUUCUAUAAGGUUAUUGAAGUGGUGAUCCGCUCAGAGGAGGGGCUUUCCAGGGACAUGGUGAAACACCUGAAUAGCAUUGAAGAACAGAUUUUGGAGAGUUUAGCAUGGGGUCAUAAUUCUACACUGUGGGAGGCUCUUCAAUUGUCUUCAGACAGAGUUCCUACUUGUGAAGAAGUUAUAUUCCCAAAUAACUUUGAAAUAGGAAAUGGUGGAAAUGUACAGAUGCAUCUCCCUAUGAUACCCAUGUCUCCUAUCAUGCAUCCAAGAGUCAAGGAAGUUCGGACUGAUAGUGGGAGUCUUCGAAAGGAUAUGCAACCAUUGUCUCCAAUUUCUGUUCAUGAACGCUACAGUUCUCCUACUGCAGGGAGUGCCAAGAGAAGACUUUUUAGAGAUGAUCCCCCAAAGGAAGUGCUUGUGGAUAAGAUUAUGACCGAAGGAACAAAACUGAAAAUUGCUCCUUCAAGCAUUACUGCUGAAAACAUAUCAAUUUCUCCUGGGCAAACCCUUCUAACAAUGGCCACAGCUACAGUAACAGGGUCAAAAGGACAUAAAGUUACAAUUCCAAUGCAUGGUGUUGCAAAUGAUGCUGGAGAGAUCACACUGAUACCUAUUUCUAUGAACUCAACUCAAGCAUCCAAAGUUGAGAGUCCAGUACCACUGACUGCUCAGUCAUUAUCGAGUGCCUCUCCACAACAGACCCAUCUGACUAAUGCACAGGAAGUUCAUCUGACUGGAAUAAGCAAACCAAAGAGAACUGGAUCCCUAGCAUUAUUUUACAGAAAGGUCUAUCAUUUGGCAAGUGUACGGUUGCGUGAUUUAUGUUUAAAACUAGAUGUUUCAAAUGAAUUGCGAAGGAAAAUAUGGACGUGUUUUGAAUUCACUUUAGUUCACUGCCCUGAUUUAAUGAAAGAUAGACAUUUGGAUCAGCUACUCCUUUGUGCCUUUUACAUCAUGGCCAAGGUAACAAAAGAAGAAAGAACUUUUCAAGAAAUAAUGAAAAGUUACAGGAAUCAGCCCCAAGCUAAUAGUCAUGUUUAUAGAAGUGUUCUGUUGAGAAGUAUUCCAAAAGAAGUUGUGACAUACAAUAAUGACCUAAAUGGUGAUUGUGAAAUGACAGCUGUCGAGAUGGAAGAUGCCACAAAAACACCUGACUGUUCUUGUGAACCAGUGAAAGAAGAAAGAGGUGAUCUUAUCAAAUUUUAUAAUACAAUAUUUGUGGGAAGAGUGAAGUCAUUUGCAUUGAAAUAUGACUUGUCAAAUCAAGAACAUAUGAUGGAUGCUCCACCACUGUCUCCUUUUCCACACAUUAAGCAACAGCCAGGCUCACCACGCCGCAUUUCUCAGCAGCACUCUGUUUAUAUUUCCCCUCACAAGAAUGGAUCCAGCCUUACACCAAGCAGUGCUCUGCUGUACAGGUUCAGUGGUAGCCCUUCAAAGAGUUUGAAAGAGAUCAACAACAUGAUAAGACAAGGUGAGCAGAGAACCAAGAAGCGAUCCAUAGCCAUCAGUGGAGAUGCAGAAUCCCCUUCUAAACGCCUCUGCCAAGAAAAUGAUGAUGUUUUACUCAAACGGCUGCAGGAUGUUGUUAGUGAAAGAGCAAACCACUAAUGUUCCUGUUCCUGCUGAAAGCACUUUUAGGUUCUGUAGAAAGUUGGGUUUGGUCCUUCAAAACUUUCUGUCUUGUAGAUGCUAAUUAUCAUGAGGUUAUAC